AUGCGCUCUUCAAAUGAGAAUGUAUCAGGUACCACCCCGCAACCCUCGCCGAGGGAUAUCCUGCUUGAGAUGAGCACAGUACCGCGCCUACACAUGACUCUUGAGCUGCCUCCGCCACCCAUCACCUCUGCGGUGACGCGUUCCUGGUCGGAUGUGGACCCGCUGAAGCUAAUGAUGACUUUCGGCGCCACCUCCUUCACCUACAGCCUCCUCGGGCAACCGAUCUUUCUUGUUAUUGCGCGGCAACAGUGCUGUACGACUCGUGUAUCGGCGACCAGGGUGCUGCAGGAAGUUCGGCAGUCUCAUGGCAUCCGUGGCCUUUACCGCGGUGCAGGAGCGGCCAUCUCGGGCACUGUGCUAAGUGAGCUUGUGUACUACUUCCUUGUCGAGUACUGGAAGGAAAAGCUACCGUUGCAGGAGCGAGAGUGGCGCAGUUUCGGUGCAGGCCUUCUAGCCGAUCUGGGAUCAACUCCCGUCUUCAACCCCUUUGCAGUAGUCUCGCAGGUGCAGAUGGUGGCUGGCAGCUCCUACUCUAGCGAGCAUAACUACAUGUCCGCCGCGCGCACCACCGUAACACUGGUGCGCGAGCAAGGGGUGAGCUGCCUGUUUCGGGGGACGCUCCUGACGUUGGUCGUGGCCCCCCUCACCGGGGCGUGGUGGUUUGUGUACGAGUCCUUUAAGGGCCUCGUCUACGGCGCAGCCCCGGCGAUAGGCGCACGGCUUUCUGUCCUGGUGCCGCAGUCUAUCCAGCGGUGGCUGCCGCUCUGCUGUACCUCUGCGACUGAUAACGUGCUCGUGAACGCGGGGGUUGGCGCCGCAGCAAGUACGGUGAUUGGUGUUGUUAUGAACCCUUUCUACGUGUUGCGGCUGCGCUUGCAGGUCGGUAAGCGUAUCGAGGGGGUACGCUUCCCGCUGCUGCACAUCGUGAAUGAUGUGCUCAAGAACGAGGGUGUACGUGCACUGUGGAAGGGGCUGGGCGGAAAUCUUCUGGUCGGCGUCGUCGGCGGUUGCUUUUUUGGCUUUACCUACGAAGGCGCAAAGCAGUUCUCCGACAUUACCCAGGGAGGUUAG